GCUAACAUCGCAGCUAAGGCUCAGGUGCGUGUAUUUAUGCUGCUGGAGUCGACGCCAAACAUGUAACCGUCAUUUGUCGUGGAUUUUAAUUUCAAUAUAAUGAAGAAAGUGGCGAAAUAAUACAUUUGUAACCUCUCAGAAGUGUUUCGCUUCCGUCGCGGAGGUGGAAAUGAAGACGUUAACGGUAACGUCAACGGACAAGUGCUGCAAGCAAAGCCCCCCGUUUCCGUUGAUGUCUAAAGAUCCCGCCUUCAAGGAGAAGCACACCUAUCAGUGAUGGUUAUGGAGGAUGAUGGACGUCCCCACAGCCAAUCAGAGCCAGACACCCCAUCAGCCAUGGGCGGGCCAGAACGGCUGGUUCCCAGCUUAUCCUCAAGGACCCCCCUGCAACCCUCUGCCCAGCUUUCAGCAUCUUAGCCUCGGCUCCCCUUCUGAACAGAGACCCUAUUACAACCAACUGCAGGCGUCCAACCAGGGCUGCCACAGCGACCUCUCCACCUUUUCAUGCAGAAGCAACACUCAUCACAGCACACUGUAUGCUAAUAAUGCUGAUCAGAGUGUGCAGCGGGUCGCUCCCGAUCCUCAUAUUUCAUCUAUGGAUCCAGCUGCAAGCCAAGGAAGAAAUAUACCUCCAUGUUCUCUCCCUCUUGUGAACGAAGGGACGCAGCCAUGCAAGCUCCAGCAAAUGCCAGUUUACCCUCCUCACAGCCCUUACCAAGCAAUAUCUCCCCCUUUCCAGCACCCAUAUGCACACCACGGUUCACUGAAUGGACCCCAGUCACCAACAUUUGGGCAAUUUGUUAACCAGAGUCAGCCUUGUACUCCUCAGCCUUCAUUUGCGAGGACAAAUGUGGAGUCUUCUGUUGGAUACACACACAAUCAUGCCUCACCAACCUCUCCUAUCCAACAGCAGCCUCAGUGGACUCCUGCAGCACACUCAAAAGGAGCUAUAAAUGCAUUUGUUCCCAGUGCAGCUGCACAGGACAAGAACAUCACGCCACAGUCUCCUAACUCUGAGUCUCGUUAUGGUUUGGACCCAGAGCUCCUGCCCAGUGUUGUGAAGGUGAUUUCAGAGGACAGGGCAGAGUGGGAAGGCAAAGUUUUCGUCUCAGAGCCUUUUUCCCGUCUUCCUCCUCUGGCAACCACUUCCUGUAUCGUAGAGGACAGGGGUAAUGCAAGUCCUUCCGCCAUCCGCGCCGCCUCGUACUGUGUGCCCUGCGAAGGUCAGACUGCCCUUCUCAGCCGUCUGCCGCUAGGAGCUUUGGUCACCCCUCUAGCAAAACAAAAUGCUGAAGAGAAGCCCCUGCCAGUGUGCAACGAGCCAGAGUGUGUUAUGAGUUGUGGUUGUUGCGGAGCCUCCAUGUGUCCUUCCAUGAGCUGGCAGGAUUGUGGUCAGAGGUUUUACUGCCCCUUCUGUGGGAAACUCAGUGAAGUGCCGUGGCAACACUACCAGCCCAUCAGAGGGGCCGAGGGGGUUCGGGUGGAUAAAGAAAAGAGGCCUGAACUCAGUAUGGGGUCAUACGAGAUACUCAGUUCUCAGAAGGGUGAACCUGCUGCGCUGCUUCUAGCCAUCGAUGUGUCGACUCCAGCACUGAGAGGAGGACACCUGGAGUUUGCAACACAACAAAUACUCACUCUUCUCACCUCUCUGAUGGGUGAGGAUGGGGAUGCCUUGUCAGACAUCCGCGUUGGUUUGAUGACCUAUGACAGUAGGAUCCAUCUGUACGACCUCAGCCCCGCCCUGACCCGUCCACACAUGCUGGUCAUCACGGAGACAGAGGACCUGCAGCUUCCUGUGAGGGAGGGGCUUCUGGUGCAACUGAAAGACUGUAUAGACAGUAUCGACAGUGUGUUGCAGCUUAUUCCUCAGUUCAGUCCGGAGCGUGAUGACUCUAAUGGAAUUCCCAUGGAGCUGCCUGUUAAAGCAGGGCUCGCCAUACUGCAGGCCUUGAGUUGUCCUGGCAAGCUGCUGAUCUUCCAUACUGCCCCUCUGUUAGAGAUGGGACACACAAACUCGUCCUCAGGGUUCUUUGGCUCCAACAAACCAAAGUCCAUCUUUCAGCCAUCUGAGCUAGCCGUCUCAUUGGCCAAGGAGUGCGUCAGUCAGGGCUGUGGCGUUCACCUGUUUGUCCUCUCCCAGCAGGACGUAGGCGGGGCUUGGCCGGGGCACAUACCAUAUCUAACAGGCGGAGCUCUUUACACCUACAGCCAUCUGCAGGGAGAAUUGGACAGAGAGCGUUUCAGCACUGAUCUGAAGAGGAUUGUAGAGACAGACACAGGCUACAAGGCUGAGCUCAGGAUUUUUGUCAGCAAAGAUCUGCGUGUGUCUGGCUGUUAUGGACUUUAUAUCCCUGGACCAAGCCCCAGCCAGGUCACCAUGGCAACUCUUGAUUGGAGGACAACGCUGGCUGUGGAGCUCGCACACACCAGAGCUCUGGACGAGACGAGAGGUGUCGCCAUACAGGCGGUGUUGUCUUACAGCACCCAGACAGGAGACAGGAGGACCAGGGUUCACACUCUGACCCUGCGAUGCUCUCGUCACCUACAGGACGCUUUCCGACAGUACCAGGCUCAAACACUGCUCACCUUCUACUGCAAAAAAAUUUACUGUGCAGUGCUGGAGCGCCCUCUACAGGAGCUGAGGGAGGAGCUGCAGACGGAGGUAACAGAAGCUCUGGCAUCCUACCGCAAACACUGCUGCUCUGCUUCAGUGUCUGCUGGACAGCUGGUCCUCCCUCAGUACCUGCGAGCACUUCCUGUUUACAUCAACAGUCUGAGGAAGAGCGAGGUGCUGCUGCCGGGCCUGAGGAGCUCCAUCCACCAGCGGCUGCAGCAGCGCUGCCAGGUGCUCAGCAUGGACACCUGCAGCACCUGCACUCACUUCUACCCUCUGCUGCUGCCUCUGCCGCUGUCAGUCGACAGCUCCAGCUCUCCAAACCCAGAGGAGGCGCAGCGCUGCUGUGCUGCCAGCCUGGAGCCCAGAGGUCUGUAUUUGGUCCAUGCACCCCUCACGCUGCUGCUCUGGGUGGGAACUCAAGUCCCAGCAUGCACCCUGGUUGAGCUCUUCAACACCAGCUGCUUCUCCUCCCUGCCCUCUGGAGAGACCAAGCUGCCAGUUCUUGAAAACCCUCUUUCCAUCAGCGUUCGAUCGCUCAUCAACACGCUGAACUCCGUGGCGCCCUGCGCCCGCAAGCUGUGGGUGGUGAAGCAGGGCGACACCUGCGAGGAGACCCUGCAGCGCCACCUGGUGGAGGACAAGAGUCCCAACGGAGGAGCGUCCUACGCAGACUUCCUCUACCAUCUCCACGUCAACUCUGUCCGGCUUCUGCAGUGACUUCACACACACACACACACACUCACACACACACGAUCUCUCUGGGUGCAUUAUUUCUCUAUUAGAUGGCACUGCAGCCUCCAAAAAAAGAAAACAGGGAUAGAAACUAAAGUAUUAGUAGACAAUAUAAUGAUGUGGCGAAUAUCAAAAGCCGGUCGUCAGAGACGCAGGCGGUGCAUGAGGACAUUUUACGAGAUAUUCAUAUAAGGACUGCUGUGAUGUGUGUGUGACGUGUGCUAUGUUGAAUGUGAUCCGUGCUGUUCUGAAAAUGUGUUUUAUGAUGUUAAUUUAUUCCCGUCAUCAUGGCAAUCCUCUAAUCUCUGUGUGAGAUUUGCGUGUAUGUGUGUCUCAGUGUGUGCGAGAGUGUGUGCGAUGCCCACAGUGUGUUCUGUGUGUGCAUUAUCUCCUAUAAAUAAAGAAAUAAAUAUA